AGAGAGAGAAACAGUUUAAAAUUGCAGUCCGGUGUGACUUUCCCUUAUGAUUUCGAGCACUAACAUCUGGAGCGGGAUAGUGGGGUUAAAAGGAACAGAGACUAAUUGAACGAGGUACAAGUGGAAAUCAUAAAUUACAGACACGUAUUAGAGUGAGUGUAAAAAUGAAGGCAUGGCGGAUGGAGUGUGAAGGGAAUUGAGUGCUGUGGGCGAGCGUGGAAGAGGACACGAGCAGAAGUCGGUUCCUUUAAUCGAUCGUCUGUCAAUAGGAAUUGGAGAGCAAGGAAGGAUUUUCUGAUUAUUGCUCACAUGAAUUGAUGGAGAAAUGAAGUACGUGGCAUUGUGGAUUGCCUUCCUUUGGGUGACGAUUCUGAUUCAAUUAAUCUGCGGAAAGCUUGUUGACAAACGAGCAGAUGGCUUAUGUCCAACCAUUCAAUUGGAGGGGCAGCAGUUCAAACAAUCACAACAACAGCAUGUUGAAACUUCAGGGUUCGAUCUAGUACAGAGAUUUUCAUUGACUCGCUCAAUACCAAGAAGCAAACCUUUGCCACCUCCUCCUGUCAGAAUGGGAAGAAAACUGUUGGUCAGACCCACACAGCAGAUUUUUCCAAAAGGAUUGCCAGAAAAGUUUACUUUUGUUGCUAUAUUUCGCCUGAAGAGAGCCACCAGGAAGGAACAUUGGCAACUUUGGCAGAUUACUGACCAGUCUGGUGGUAUACAGAUUUCUAUCUCUAUCAAUGGGGGCAGAAAGCUGGUAGAAUUCAGCGCCAAGGGGAGAUCUGGAAACAGUUUGUACUUGAUGUUUAAGAAGCGGGAACUCAGUUCUCUGUUUGACCGUCACUGGCACAAGCUGGCAAUAAAUGUGCAGUCUGCAUCAGUGUCCCUUUACAAGGACUGUAAGCUGGUCGACAGUCAACAUAUUGAAGAGAUAGGAAGCAUCAAUGUCUAUGGACAAACCACAAUUGGAGUCCGUGUUAGUGAUGGGACACCUGUCGAUUUUGAUCUUCAGCAAAUAAUGGUUUACUGCAGUACUCAACUGAUAGAACUGGAGACCUGCUGUGGAAUGCCAGGGGGCCAGUGCUCAUCAGUAGAUGGCUUCUCUUCAGCUAUGGUGACAUCAAAGAAUAAUCUCAGACAGACAUCUCCUCGAUCAAAACUAAAAGGUGACAGUCAGAAGGGAAAGACUUGGGCUGCUCCUGGAAAAGGUGAAAAAGGAAAUCCUGGUCCUUCAGGGGAAAAGGGUGAAAAAGGUGACCUUGGAGAAGCUGGACCACGAGGGCUACCUGGGAGAGAUGGCUUAAAGGGAGACUCUGGUGUUUCUGGUCUACCUGGUCCAAGUGGAGAAAAGGGUGAUACAGGUUCUCCAGGUCCUCGUGGGUUAUCUAUCAAGGGACUUAAAGGAGAACCAGGAGAGCCUGGUGCCCAUGGUUUACCAGGACCACACGGAGAAAGGGGUCCUACAGGGCCUCAAGGUUUUCCGGGUUUGGUGGGAAAAGACGGUCAAAGGUUUUGGUCACUACACUACCAGGAGAAUGUGGAAGCUUUGGAGAGGGUACAGAGAAGAUUCACCAGGAUGCUGCCUGACCUCCAGAGCAUUGAUUAUGAAGAAAAGGGAAGGCGAGGUAGACAAGGACCUGUUGGAAAAGUGGGACCUCCUGGACCUCCUGGUUUACCUGGUGAAACUGGUCUCCAUGGGAAAACAGGGAUGCCAGGUCCUCCGGGUCCAGCUGGGAAAGAGGGUGUUCCUGGUAAACCUGGACUCAAGGGGAACCCAGGUGAAAAAGGGGAAACUGGAGUUCAAGGAGAAAAGGGUUACAGAGGAGAUCCAGGCCAUCCUGGCCAGAAUGGCAUGAAAGGAACAAAGGGAGAACCUGGUGUGUCUGAACCAGUAGGCCCCCCUGGUGCGAAAGGAGAAAAAGGAACAAAGGGUGAUACUGGAUUGCCAGGGCUUCCAGGCCCACCAGGACUGGGGAUGUCUUCAGAGUACUCUCUGCAGCAAUAUGGAAUGCCUGGUAAACCUGGAGAAAAAGGAGACAAGGGAGAGCAUGGAGAUCUGGGUCCAAAAGGAAACAAAGGACUGCAAGGGCACCCUGGUUUAAAGGGUGAAAUGGGAGAAGCAGGACUUCCUGGACUUAUUGGAAAGCCAGGUUUGGAGGGUCGACCAGGUCUACCAGGUCCUGUGGGUCUAAAAGGAUUAAAAGGAGAAAUAGGGGCCACUGGAGAACCAGGCCAACCAGGAAUACAGGGUGAAAAGGGAGAUUCUGGGAAUGCUGUUGGACCGCCUGGAGAGAAAGGAGACAAAGGAGACCAUGGAUCUCCAGGGACAGGAUUACAAGGAAAAGAGGGGCCAGUUGGUCCACCUGGGACACGAGGUUCACGGGGAUCUAAGGGGGAGCGUGGAUUCCCAGGCCUUCAAGGACCAAAAGGUGAGAAAGGACCACCUGGAAUUGGCCAACUUGGGCCCCCAGGUCCACGAGGUCCUUCUGGAGAGCCAGGUAUAAGGGGCCCACAAGGUUUGCCGGGAGCGUUCGGAAGGCCAGGUGUUAAUGGUACCCCUGGGAGCAAUGGAAUGCCAGGACCACCAGGACCACCUGGGGAGCCAUCUGCCCUGCCACUCAUGGGGGAUAUUGGUGCCUUGCUAAAGAAUGCUUGCAGUAGUUGCCUGACCAACAGCCAUGGAAGCUUCUCAGGAUUACCUGGAAUGAAAGGUGAUAGAGGUGUACCUGGAGCUGAUGGACGUGAUGGCAGGCAGGGUGACCCAGGACCAAGAGGGCCACCUGGAACUCCUGGAUUAGAUGGACAAAAGGGAAGCAAAGGCGAACGAGGAUUUCCUGGGCUUAUAGGAGAAAAAGGAGACAGGGCACAGCCUGGUGUACCGGGACUUCCAGGACGUCCAGGAUCUUCAGGACCUGUCGGUUUAAAAGGAAGACCAGGACAAACAGGGCCCAUAGGACUUAAAGGAGAAAAGGGCAACGAGGGAGCAUCAGGAAAACCUGGACCACCUGGACCUCAAAGCACUGCUAUCUAUGAAAGAAAUGGAAUGAGCAGUAUAUACAAGAUACAGGACAUUGCAGGCCCACCCGGACCUCCAGGUUCACCAGGUUUGAAAGGAGAUCCUGGCUCAAUGGGAGAAAUUGGCCCAAUGGGAUUGCCAGGAUUAGAAGGUGCGCCUGGGGAAAAGGGAGAUCCAGGAAUGCCAGGAUCACCUGGUCCUCAAGGACUAACUGGUCCUAAGGGGAAACCUGGUCUUCCUGGUCAGCCAGGGCCAAUUGGUGAAACGGGCAAGCCAGGAUUGAAAGGGGAUAGAGGACCACUGGGAGAAACAGGCUUUCCUGGACCAGAAGGACCCCCUGGUACUCCAGGCAAACCUGGAGGACGUGGCCUCCCAGGUUCCCAGGGUUCACCAGGGAGCAAAGGAGACCGUGGAUCAAAGGGUGAGCGGGGAGAUCCAGGAAUACUGGGAGAUCGAGGUCCUCAGGGUGAAAGAGGAAGACCAGGUUAUCCCGGACCUCCGGGGGAGAAAGGAAUGAUUGGGCCAUCUGGACCAAUUGGGCCAACUGGAAAAGAGGGACCUCCAGGACCUCAUGGACCCCCAGGUUUUCCUGGCAGAAACAUGUCAUUUGAGGAAAUAUCAAGAUUUAUAAGACAAGAGGUCCACAGGGUUUUUGAAGAGAGACUUGCUCACUACAAACUGAAAUCUCCUGCUGCAAUGUUGGCUGCUCAGGCCAAAAUAGGCCUACCAGGACCACCAGGAAAUGAUGGUCUGCCAGGACUGCCUGGGCCUCAAGGAGGGACUGGGCCACAAGGAGCCAGAGGUUACAGAGGUCAGAAAGGUGAAAGAGGUGAACCUGGCAUCACAAUGCCUGGUGUUGUUGGUCCUCGUGGCCCUCCAGGGUUGCCGGGAUUGGGAACGGUAGGUCCUCCUGGUCCACAAGGCAUUACCGGUCCUCCAGGACAAGAUGGAAAAUGUGAUCCUGCAGACUGUCUCUUUCCUGAAAGCUCACCACAACCACCUGCAAAAGAAUAAAAUAAAAAUCCACCUUUUAACCAGACGUAUCAUGUUUGGCAGUUUGGACAUUCUGUAACAUAUUUCUGUACAGACGAAGCCUCACCAACACAGGAACGCAAGCCCUUCCCUUUGCAAUGUGCAAAACUGUAUGGGUAAUUCCCAGUGUCUAGGUCAAAUGCUGAUCAAGGCUUGUUCAGAUGAGAUCUUGAUGUGCGCUCCCCCCCCCCCCCCACCCAAUCUGAUGGUGCAUUCAGAAUUUAAUUAAAAACUGUUGUGUUGAGCAUUGAACACAACACACCAAUAGCUAUUUGCAUUUAUGAAUCUAACUGACAGACUUUGUUGGUGAUUCUGUUCCUUGUCCUUGAAUAUGUUGACGACAUGUCUCCCAUGUAACAUGGGGAUCUGUUUGGUAAAUACAUUUGAAAUUACCUCAGCUAUUUUCUGUACAAUUCAGUGGAAUAUAUACCAUUUCAACUGGGCCAUGGCUGUUUGCAAACAACAUCAAUCCCCUUUGUUCUCCUAUUUAUUACGAUUACUCUCAUAGAAAUACAGAAAAACCCAGUGUGGAAGGAGACAAUUUGGCCACUGGUACUACCCUGGCUGUUUGAAUGAGCUAUCCAAUUUAUCCCACUUACCCUAUGACAUGCCAAGUAUUUCUUUUCAAGUAUUUACCGUCUGCAUUUUGAACAUUAUUAUUGAUUCUGCUUCCAGCACCUUUAAAAAUCUUAUUUUACCUGUAGUAUUGACUAUUGAAAAACACUAAUAACCUAGUAGCUGCAUUUUAAUCAAAUAGAGUCAUUCUAACAUCAGAGAUAAGAUUGUUUAUUAUCUUUAAUUGUCUCUCUAGUUCAAUCCAUUACAAGGUAAAAUUGCAAACUAAACCUUCUAAUUAAUUUCUUUUCCAUGGAUAGCAUUUUAUAAUCAUUUAUUUCUGUGAUGCAGCCAAUUAAUUUGCUGUUGUUGUGCUUUUGCCAACAUGCAUUACAUGUGCGACUGACUGAUGAUGAGGUACAUUGCAUCACAAUUCAGUAGCUAACUCUCAGGACUUUGGAUUUGAGGUCUAUGUGUUAUGAGGAGCCUGAAAAGUAUUUGAUAAUGAAACAGUGUGAUAAUGUAUGUUCUUCCCCUGUUGAUUUCAAUAGUAGAAAAAUGCUUUGUUUAAGCAGGAAAGAAAACAUUAAGUCCCUAUUUUAAAAGGUAUGCUAGUUUAACAUUGUUGUUGAUGACUUUCCACACUUGUAAUGCACAAACAAUGUUGUUUAGCGGCAAUCUUUAGUUUGAACUGUGUGGAACAAAGACUAUUCCAAAGAGUGCUAUGUGUAUAUUUUGAAUUUUUUUGUUAAUCAUUGCAACAUUUAAUUUGCUUACUGCUUGGAACCUCCAAUAUUGAAUUUUAAAUACAGAUGUUGAUUUAAUUCAAAUGUGAUUUAAACUGGUAGAUCUUAUUUUUUAUAAAAUGUAAAAUUGUGACUAUUUAUUUUCAUAAUUGUGUGAUAAAUGUUUCUAAGUGUUGCAUUGAGUUACUGCAAAAUGCAGAUUCUACUGUAAGAUAACAA